CAUGUCACCUCAUUUUUGGAAGAUCAUCCAGGUGGUGAUGAGAUUUUGCUUGCCGCAACUGGAAAGGAUGCCACCAAUGAUUUUGAUGAUAUAGGUCACAGUAAUUCUGCCAGGGAUAUGAUGGCAAAGUACUACAUUGGCCAGAUAGAUUCUUCAACUGUUCCAGCAAAGCGCGUUUAUGUACCACUUCAGCAGGCACCCAACAUCCCCGAUAAAUCAUCCGAGUUCUUGAUCAAAAUAUUGCAGUUCCUUGUGCCCAUAUUGAUCUUGGGCCUGGCACUAGCCGUCCGAAAGUUCACCAAAGUAGAUUAGGUUUUGUGCAAUCUAGCUUUAUGCUCUCAAAACUAUGAAACAUUGCUAGAAUGAAAUUUACAAGUUCUGCGGUUAAAGUGUU